CAUAGUAUCCACCACCGCCAUACCGUCGUGGUGGGCCAGUUCCGGAGACGGUCUUUCCGCCUAGGUUUGAGUUCUUCGAUGCGCCGGGUGCCUUGCUUCCACCACCUAUGAAAUGCUUGUUAGCUGAGUGUCGCCAAAAUUACAUGGCCAGAAAAACAACUCUCAUCAAGGCUCUCUGGAAAGAACCCAGAAAUGCUCCCAGAAAAGCUCUCAGAAGGACUCUUAGUAAAACUUGGCAGCCUACCACCUCCACUACUCUUUCCACCUCCUCCCCCGCCACCUUUGCCGCCUCCUCCCUUGCGCUUCUCUAGCGCAUUACGUGGUGAUAAAAUCGCGUGUGCGAGCGUGUUCUCGGAUGUCUCGGGAUCGCGACGUGCGAGCGCGUUCGCGUCGGGUAUCGAGACGCCGUUGACGGUAGCUAUGCCGAUGAAUGCGUAUGCGACGAACUGUGAGAACUUCAUGGUGAAGAUGGCUGUUCGAGUGUGUGAUACGGGGGCGAGGUAUAGUGAUAUGCUAAUGAGAGAUGUGUCUCGGGUGCGAUUGUCUCUGCGUAAGGGCGUGUUUGGAGCAGUGUUUGAAAGUAUGGAAACAGUCCUGGAAGCUGCCGAUUUCAAUGUCGUACCAGUGAGCACGUCAAGCAGUAAUGACCCGCCAGGCCGCGUAGUGGGGGACAGCGCACAGAAUAUAUGGAAGGGUCAUCGCAGGAAAUGGGGCAAUGCCUCCCCCUUGGCAACCAUCAUCCAGCCUGGUUUCCAGCCGUGCCUCUAUCCAAUGAGGGCGCAACACACUUAAGCCAAGAGGAGUCUAAGCCGGGCCGAGAAGGUUGCAAAAGCUGGGGAUCUCGGGCUGAGCCACACUGUGGCUCUAGGUACCCGCAACCGACCUCACGUUACCCAAAACACCUGCAAGUG